AUGGCCGACUUCCUGAACAGGCAGGAAGUCGAGCACCCGGAAAUAACCCGUUGCGGCCGCCUCUUCUUCAUCGGUACGGAAUUUUCCAACCUCCACUACUUAGUCCGCCAGCGCUCGAGGCGGCCAGACCAGAGGGUGCUCCAUUUCGGAAGCCACCCGCUGCCUCCCAAAGUGCCUUCGGUGCCGGCCGAGAUCCUUGAGUUACCACCCAAGGCCUUGGCCGAUGAACUCGUCAAAUCAUACUUUCUUCAUGUAAAUCGAGGCCUGCCUAUUAUCGAUGAGGAGGACUUCAUGAAGGUUUACCAUGGUUGCGAGGGCACUGGCCAUUUCCCGAGGUGUAGGCCGCAAUGCAGACCAGUAUCGUUACUGUUGCUGAACGCUGUCUUCCUCGUUGGAGCACGCGUUCUAGAACCAGCGCGAGAGGAGGUCAAGUCCCUCAGACCCGUCUUAUGGAGAAGAACCAAAGCCCUUUUCGACAGUCGCUUCGAGCAACAUCGCGAGACCUACUUGCAAGCCUCUCUCCUCUUGACGUGGCAGUGUGAUGAUCUCGAAGACAUCGUUUCCAACACUUGGCACUGGGUAGGUGUCGCUACCAGAACAGCAUUUGGUAUGGGUAUGCACCGAGAUGCGAGCCCAUCUAGUCUCAACGCCAUGGACAAACGCCUUUGGGUUCGGCUGUGGUGGAUUCUAUUUCAAUUCGACGUUCUGGUCUCUGCGUCUUACGGCCGACCACAGGCCAUCAACCUCGAUGAGUCCGACGCACGACCACUUGAAGAGCAUCAUUUCCAGGGGCUUAGCAACCCAGAGUUCGACUUCACUAUCAGUCAUACCCGCCUAUGCCUCAUUUUCUCAAAAGCAAUGAAAAAGAGAGUGGCCCUGCGGUCUACUGCCGCAGACCGAGCCGCGGCGACCGCAGAGGCCGACGCAGCUCUUGCGGACUUAAUGACGCAUCUGCCCGAGAAGUUUCACAGUCCCAAAGCCGACCCAGACCCUUGGCAAGCAAUGUUUCAUCUAACCUACAAUAAUUUCCUGAUCCUGCUCCAUCGGCCAUCACCUAGCCAAGACCCCGAUUGUCCCUCGGCAGACACCGACUUGAGCAUUUGUUGCGACGCUGCCAUUACAAUAUGCUCCAUGUUCGAGUCUCUCAGGAAAAGGCAUUUGUUGGACAAGCUCUGGAUACCAAGUAUUCAUGUGCUCUUCACUGCCCUAGUACACGUGUCAGACCAGAUGCGCUCUGCGAAUCCACUUAUCGUAGCUAAGUCUAAACGCCUCUUUGACUCACUGAUACUCACUUUACAUGCUCUCAAAGGACAGUGGUUAUAUGCGCAAAGCCUAUUAGCCCUAUUCGAGGGACGGAAAGCGACUGGUUCUUGGCGCACUCAGCCUGACUCGGAGAAUGGAGCUGGUGAUGGUGAUAUCUUUCGCCACAGCGGUGACUCUCAGCUUCAAGAACAUCUUCGGGUUGGCGAAGGUGUUCUCAACGGCUCAGCUACACACCUGCCAGCCAUUAGCCACCCUGGGCAUGGACAUCCCGCACCGGCUUACUUGGGACCUGCCGGUCUUGAUUCGUCCGACCCAAGACGUCUCGUGUCCCAGCAACAGGGUGCGAUCGUUGGGGACGUGUCACAGGCCAAUCAUAUCUACGGCACCAGCUUUGUCGGGGAUGGCUUGGACAUGACUGGAGAUGCUGAUAACAUGGACAUGCUGCAAGUACCAUCGGCGUUGGAACUUCUUCUUGCAGGCGUCGGUAAUGAUUUCGGCUUUCAUUAUUGA